AUGCCGGAAAGAAAGCGGAAAGCGUCUUCAGAGGAGGAUGUCGAAGUGUCCGACGACGAGAUCAUAGAUGGUCUUCUCGAUGGCGCGCUGUCGCAAAGUGAAAGCGAAGACGACUCUGACGCUGCAAGCAGCGACGAAGAGGAGGUGGGGUUUGACAGCGAGGACGAAGAGGAAGGCGAGAACGGCCUAGAUGAUGACGAGGCCUUGCACAGCGACGACAUCCCUUCAGAUGACGAGACCGACCCUGCAAAGGUGAAGCCGCUGGCGCCAGGCCAAUUGCCAGGACUCGACCCUCCUCAAGUAGAGGCGGAAGAAAUCGAGGGUCCCAACUACCGAGUCGUCACGGAUGCCAAUGGAGGUGUAAGAUACGAAUAUGACGAGAUUGAUCCUGUCUACGACUCCGACGAUAGCGAUGCGCAAGGACCAGCGAACACUAUCGGCGACAUCCCACUCUCAUUCUACGAUUCCUACCCUCACAUUGGAUAUGAUAUCAAUGGAAAGAAGAUCAUGCGGCCGGCUACUGGAGAGGCAUUAGAUGCUCUACUGGACAGCAUCGAGGUGCCUAAGGGCUGGACAGGUCUGACAGACCCCGCCACAGGCAAGCCUCUGAAUCUCAGUCAAGAUGAGCUAGAGCUCCUGCGUCGUGUUCAGAUGAACGAGGUUCCAGAGGAAGGCUAUGACCCCUAUCCGGAUACUGUGGAGUGGUUUACUAGUUUUGAAGAGAAGAUGCCUCUGAGCGCAGCCCCAGAGCCAAAGCGGCGGUUCCUACCAUCUAAGCACGAGCAGAAGCGCAUCAUGAAGCUUGUCCGGGCAAUAAGAGAAGGCAGGAUAUUACCGUAUAAGCCCCCUGAGGAGCGCGAGAAGGAGGAGGAAGAGAAAGAAGAGGUUCACUAUGAUAUAUGGCAAGAUGAGCAGCCUCGAGAGCCACAUGUCAUGCAUAUCCCUGCUCCGAAACUGUCUGCUCCCGGUUACGAUCUAAGCUACAACCCACCUCCGGAGUAUCUCCCCACAAAGGAGGAGAGGGACGCUUGGGAGAGCACAGACCCCGAAGAACGCGAAAAGGAGUACUUGCCAAAGCAAUUCGACUCGCUACGCAAAGUCCCUGGCUACGAUAUGUUUGUCAAGGAGCGUUUUGAGAGAUGUUUGGAUCUCUAUUUGGCACCUCGGGUGAGGAAGAAUAGGCUUAACAUCGACCCGAGCUCUCUGCUUCCCAAGCUACCAAAGCCUGAAGAGCUCAAGCCUUUCCCGACCGUGUGCCAGACGAUAUUCAGGGGACACGAGGGUCGUGUGCGGACGUUGGCCAUCGAUCCUACUGGCAGCUGGUUGGCAACAGGUGGUGAUGAUGGCACAGUCAGAGUCUGGGAGCUGCUGACUGGCCGUCAGGUGUGGAGUGUCAAGCUCAACAGCGAAGAGGCUGUUGAUGUGGUCAGGUGGCGGCCAACGAAGGACUCAUUUAUUGUUGCAGCAGCUGCAGCCGAGGAAGUCUAUCUAAUUGUUCCUCCUGUGGUGGAUCCCGAGCUGGAGCGAGUCAGCAGGGAGGUUGUUGACGCAGGUUUCGGUUAUGCCGCGAGCGGUAAGGCACAAUCAACAACCGUCGAAAACAAGGAACCUGCGGCAAAGUGGACAAGACCAGGUUCCCGACUAGAAGAUGAGGGUGUCUUGCUCAAGAUCACUGUUCGGUCACCAGUGAAGGUCAUCUCAUGGCACAGGAGAGGUGACCACUUCUGCACAGUCUCGCCUACAGGGCAAAGAAGCGCUGUCGCAAUUCAUACGCUCUCGAAACAUCUAUCUCAGAUCCCAUUCCGGAAGCUGUCUGGCCUCGCUCAGACAGCGCACUUCCACCCUUCAAGGCCGCUGUUCUUUGUUGCUACGCAGCGCACGAUCCGUUGCUAUGAUUUGCAGAAGCUCGAGCUGGUGAAGGUUAUACAACCAGGUGCCAAGGCCAUCCGUGCUGUCAAGUACCACAAGGGUGGACUGCCGCUCUUUGCAGAUGCCAGUGACGAUGGCUCGCUACAGAUCUUCCAUGGCAAGGUCGUCAGUGACUUGAUGGAGAACCCAACCAUUGUGCCUGUGAAAAUGCUCAAGGGUCACAAGGUUGUCAACCACCUUGGCGUCAUGGAUGUCGACUGGCAUCCCCGGGAAGCCUGGUGCGUAUCAGCCGGAAGCGAUGGCACCUGCCGGCUUUGGAUGUGA